AUAAUAUGAGAGGGUCUACCACGCAUAUUCAGGUUCUAAAGAUGGGUCAGAGCCCCACUACGAAGGGCUUGAUCUCUAAAGCAGUCAAGAUGGUCAAGAGUAGCCAAUCAGGCUUAGUCAAAGCAAUCAGACUCAAAGAUCUGGACUCAGAUUCUGUAAUUGACCUGAGAGAAAAGCAGAGAGUUGACCGCAUUUAGAGAGAAAUACGGAGUGUUCAUGGUCAAUAAAAGUCAGCAAAAGUUGCUAAAAAAAAAAUAGCCAGAAAAGCUCCUACGCAAGCCUUGUCAGGAGAUCCUUAGAUACAGAGAUGCAGAAAUAAGAGAAUGAAUCAGACACCUCAGAAGAAGGGAUGGACCUUAAAACAGAGUCUUACUAACAGCAUAUAAGAAAUAACAGUGAGGGCAGUACAAACGUGAAUCAGAACUUUACUGAAAUGGUCAAGCUAAGGUCCCGUAAUACUUCCUGUCUGGGAAGCAGGAAUAAAUCCAUAUAAUCUCCAAAGCAGAGAAUUCCCUUAUCUUAGCUACUGAACAACUUGUGCUAAGAGGAAUUAAUCCUGAUAGAAUCAUGUUUUUGGAACAAUAUUCAGCAUCUCUUAAGAAGACAGCAAAGAUCAGGAAGACAAUUUGGAGAAUCAAGAAGCAUUUAUUAACAAAAGGAUAUGAGGCAUAUUUUGACUAUUGUAACUUUAACAAAAUUGAGCAUUUGACUCUGGUUCCUAACAGGUUCGAUUCUCCUCUCCCAGAGACACCGAAUGUGGACAUUUCUCUAUCCUUAUUGGACAUCAGAUCGGUUACAAAGACACCAAGCACUCUUAAAUAUAAGGAGAGAUAUCGGAUUAUUAGCCCCAAUUCUGAAGAUAACCAAGCCAAGCACUUGAAGGCUGUGAAUAACGAAAUUAAGGGUAUCAGCAGCUUAGCCCAGGUGAAAGAGAAACCCGAAUGAAUAGACCACACCUUCAACCCAAUAUGUAAGCAAAAGACCAAUAUCCAGAAGAACUUUGUGAAGACUUUGAUUACUAAAGGGACUAUCCAGAAGAGAAGUCGGAAUCAUAACAGGAAAACCCUGUCGAAGGCAAGCCCUUUUGGUUCCUCAAUGGGAGCAAAGCCUCCAUUGAACUAUACAGUGUUACUGACUGGCAAAUCCUCCUUUAAUCAGACUCGGGAGUUGAAUCAUAGUCAGUUCAAGAAGUAUAGCGAUUUCAAGGAAAACCAACUUUUGGCAAAGGCAAAACAGAAAUAUCAGCUUUCGAGGGAUCGAUAUAACCCUUCCUCCCACAAAGUGCUGAUGCAGAAAGGAAUACAGACGAUCAAACAUAAGAAGACUAUAUUAAAGAUAUGGCCAAAAUCAAAAUUUUCGAAUUAUAGUUUCAACAUGAAAGACAUUAGAACAACCUCUAUGGACAAUCUCCAAGGUGAUAAAGGAUCGACCAGGAAACUUAAAAACUGGAGGUCUUACUCAGAAUUCAAGAGUAUUGCACUUCAGAAAAAUGGAAAGAACCUGGAGGGAAGUCUGCAUGUCCCUCAUUCAAAGAUUUCAAAUGUUCGCUCUGCCUUCAAAAAGUCCAUGGCAAAGUCUAUCUUUUCAUCCAAGAAGAAUAUUUUGGGAGGAAGGCGAGGAGUUGUCCAGAAAUAACCCCAGUCUCACAUAAUUCGUUGUAAAAAUAGCCUAUU